AUUAAAUUUCUCAUAAAAACUAAAAACUAUAAAACUACAAACUGUGUUACAGAAACAACUGAUCGUGUAAAAUGAGUGAAUGAAUUUAUGAACGACAAUCUCUAGUUUGCGCAUAAACACACUGUAUUAACAAUAUAACCACACACAAGAUAAUGGUAAUAAUAUUGGAUACGAAAAUUGGAGCUUUUAACCGUGUACUUCACAUCAAACAAACCAUCCAGUGACCUUCAAUGUCUUUAAUCAAACAAAAGAAAUGCUCUAAUGAUGGAUUACAAAAACACAAUAGCAAGGAUAUUACAUUUAUUGAUGAUUAUCACACAGAUUACAGCUGUACGAUAUGAGGAUGCAACGAUAGAAACCUCCAUUCAAGAUGAUGAAUUCAGUGAUAGCAUAACCGACUCCACAAUUAGUUCCACACUGCCGUUCGGCGAAAAUCCGAAUCGACGAGAGUUCGUCGAGGUGAGACGAGUACAGGAACCACUAAUAUUCAGCCGAUCGAGACGAUGGAGUCCGAGAAGAAAACCGUUUACACGAUGGACAGCUUGGUCCACUUGUGAUUCGUACUGUAAGCAGAAGCGCGAACGCUACUGCAGACUUCGCGGAAAAUGCGGUAGAAUGAAGCAAAUGGAGGAGAGAGGCUGUUCGGACGCAUAUUGCGUUCCACAGCAGCGUAGUCAUUUUUCUAGUCCACAUUUCAUUAGUAACGUUGAUGAUGAAGACGACGACGAUCGAGAUUAUUUUAUUGUUAGGAAAAGGCCAAAGGUUCGUCCGAAGAAGAAGAAAAUUACGAUCGAACUGGACGAUUACGACGACGAAAUGAAAUAUGAAGAUAGUGCCGAUGAAGCGUACACACCUCCGCAUAUUCCCUUUAAGAAACGAAAUCGUUUAGCCAAACAACGGUUACGAACACGAUACUUAAGGGGUAGAAGACGCGGCAGAAGAAAACCAAAGUACCGGCUGAGGAAGAAGCUGAUUUGGGAUCGGAAAUUUGGCGAGCCCGAUGAUGCCGUGGACGAUUAUGUCGACGAAUCGGAUGAUUUUGUCGACAGUGAUAGCGGCGAGGAAGUUUUAUUACAGACAAAGGAUCACAACUCGAUGAGAUUGGAUGGUCUGUAUGGGAACAUACCACAACAUUCGCUCGACAGAAAUUAUGGCACAAUGUUUGACAAUUCGAAUGCUCAGACAUUGGCCGGCAAAAGUAAUCGACGCAUUCCCGGUGAAUAUUUCAAUAGCGCUGACCGGGACGAUCAAUUCAAUCAAAAUACCGAAAUGUACAUGAGAUCUGAGAACAUAAAUUUCGAUGACAACAGUAACCGAAGAUGGGACACAAGUGUGACGGAGGAGUAUUCCGGACGGCAGCUGAAGCCACCGAUAAUUUCAUUUGACGGUGAUAGAGACAAUAAGACAACGACAACAAUAGCUAGACGAUCGGAUGUUAACGUUGGAAAAACGGAGGGUCGCAAAUAUGGCAAAGAGAAGGCUGUCUUUGAUAUGCCCGGUCGCUUUCGAAGAAUCUAUUCCAAAUGGAGUAAAUGGUCGAAAUGUUCAGCCAAAUGUACAACCAGAAGAUUCAAACGAUGCAAGGCGAAGGACAUAUGCGGCAACGAAGUGAUCCGAGAGAUAGCCUAUUGCUAUACCGAAGGCAGUUUCUGUCAAACUUGGAUCAACACACAGCCACCAAAUCAGAAACCCGUCACAUCAACGUUUGUCGCCCAGAAACCCAUUCGGAACAAAGUGCAGCCGAAUGUCUUCCAGAGACGAGAUCCCCCAAUGUCAAAUGCCAUCAACGGCAACAUUUUCUACAAUUCACGGACUUAUAAGCCACCCGCAUACGUCCCACAGAAUUUACAGUGCGGCUUCCCGGCCAUCCGAAACAAGCCGAAACAUUAUUUGUGGGGAAUGUUGCGGAUAAUUGGCGGUAAAACGUCCAGAAAAGGACAAUGGCCGUGGCAGGCUGCAAUUCUUAAUAGAUUUAAGGAAGCAUUUUGUGGUGGAACAUUGGUCUCACCGUUAUGGGUUCUAACGGCAGCGCAUUGCGUUCGUAAAAAACUAUUUAUUCGUCUCGGCGAACACAAUUUAGAAGUAAAUGAAGGAUCUGAAAUAGAGUUUAGGGUCGAAUUAGCAAUAAAACAUCCGAAAUACGAUAAGAGAACGGUUGACAAUGAUGUCGCCAUGUUGAGACUACCACAGGAGGUGUCCCCGUCGACAUACAUAGGAUACGCAUGUUUGCCACUCAGCUACCAACAACUACCGAAAACUCACCAAUGCACCAUAAUCGGAUGGGGAAAGCGACGGAACACGGAUGACGCGGGUACGAGUCUCUUGCAUGAGGCUGAGGUACCGAUCAUCUCCAACGAGGAUUGCAAGCAAGUCUAUUUUGACUACACGAUAACGAAGAACAUGUUUUGUGCGGGACAUAAACGAGGCCGAAUCGAUACGUGUGCUGGCGAUUCCGGUGGACCGAUUUUGUGCCGUGACACAACCAUACCGAAUCAACCGUGGACGAUAUUCGGUAUAACCAGUUUCGGUGAUGGCUGCGGCAAACGCAAUAAAUUCGGUAUCUAUGCCAAGGUGCCGAAUUACGUGGAUUGGAUAUGGUCGGUGAUAAAUUGCAAUGGCAAUUGUAAUGCAACAUAUUCGAUUUUUUGAAUAGUUGAAGAGAGUGUUUCGGUCGCCGCCAAGUUGAGACCGAGACAAAUAUGGAAUUCUUUCGAACGUGAUGCGACUGAUAAUUAAAUGUUUAUGUUUAAGUGUGUAACCACCAGUUAUACGGUACCGUACAUUUUGGCUCUAUUAUUGUAAAAUGUGUUAAUGAGAAGAGAAUAUAUUCAUAGAC